AUGAAGUAUGCUGCAGCAAUCGCGGCCCUUGCGGCGGUGGCUUUCGCCAAAGAGAUCCCCAAGGACCCGGAACGAGCCGCUGAGCUCUAUGACUCGGGUGUCAUGCAUGAGAGAAUCAUGUCCGACAAGAACGCUCAGUGGGAUAUGCAGGAGCGGAUGGGUGUCUUGAACGCGCUCGAUGGCCCUCAAUUCCCUGAGCUUCCAUUCGCUCAGUGCAAGGACGGCUUGGCUGCCCCGUUGGACCCUUUCCACAGCAACAACGCCAGCACCAAGUUCCGUUGCAAUAACAUCAAUCUUCACCACUUCCUUUCCCACACUGACCUUGGCUCUUCCAUUGGCAAGGGCUCAAGCUCUUGGGGAUGGGUUAGUGAUGACGGACGUGAGUUCGCCAUCAUUGCCCAGGGUGAUGGUGCUGCUUUCGCGGAGAUCACCACCGCUGGAAAGCUCCGAUACCUCGGUCGUCUUCCCCAGACCACCGGUGUCGCUCCCAGCCAAUGGCGCGAGAUCCGCACAUUCAAGCACUACAUCGUUGUUGGUAGCGAGGAGCCCGGCCAUGGCAUUCAGAUCUUCGACCUGAAGAAGCUCUUGGACAUUGACUACAAGAAGGGUCCCGUGACCUUCAGCCCGGACACCGACCUCACAGGGUACUGGAACGACCUUCCUCUUGGACGUGUGCACAACGUCCUCGCCAACUCUGCCAGCAAUUUUGCAUUUGUUGUUGGUGCUCAGCCCCGCAACAGCAGCUGCCUCAGCGGUCUCAUCUUCCUUGAUCUGACGGACCCCUCCAGCCCUAAGAACCCAGGAUGCGCCAGGGACGACGGCUACGUCCACGAUGCCCAAUGUGUCAUCUACAAGGGACCCCAUACCAAAUACCUUGGCCGUGAGAUCUGCUAUGCAUACAACGAGGACUCGAUCACCAUCUACGACGUUACCGACAAGAAAUUCCCCGAGACCAUCUCAAUCACCUCGUACGAGGGCGCGACUUAUACGCAUCAAGGUUGGUUGCUUGACGUAGAGAACCAAGAAUGGCUCAUCUCCGACGACGAAUACGACGAGGUCGAGGGCCGCGGCGUCGCCGCCAACGGCCGUCCCGUGACUUUCAUCUGGGACAUCCGCGACCUCGAGAACCCCAAGCAGACGGGCUACUACCAGGGCCCCCGCAAGACGAUCGAUCACAACCAGUACAUCUUCGGAAAGUACUCGUACCAGAGCAUGUACACCUCUGGUCUGAGCAUCCUCGACAUCUCGUCUAUUCCUACGGACCCCACCGGCCGUGGUGUCAGGGAGGUUGGGUGGUUUGACACGUACCCUGAGGAUGAUGAUAUGGAGGAUGGAGGCUCGUUGAAGUUCAGCGGCAGCUGGAGUAACUGGGGCGGAUUCCCAAGUGGGUUCAUCCUCAUUAACACGAUGGACCGUGGUGCGUUUGUCGUAAAGACACAGAAGCCUCUGCCUUAG